CCCUUCUUCGGUGCGAUGGGCUGCACAUCGGCCAUCGUCUUCGCGUGUUUCGGCGCCGCGUACGGCACUGCCAAGGCAGGUGUUGGUGUUUCCGCCAUGGGUGUCCUCCGCCCCGACCUGAUCGUUAAGAACAUUAUUCCCGUCGUCAUGGCGGGUAUUAUUGGUAUCUACGGUCUUGUCGUGUCCGUCUUGAUCUCGAACGGCCUGAAGCAAAAUUCGUCGCUCUUCUCCAACUUCAUUCAGCUCGGUGCUGGACUCUCUGUCGGUCUGUCAGGUAUGGCCGCUGGAUUCGCCAUCGGUAUUGUCGGUGAUGCUGGUGUACGAGGAACCGCCCAGCAGCCCAGGUUGUUCGUCGGCAUGAUUCUGAUUCUCAUUUUUGCUGAAGUCUUGGGUCUGUACGGUCUUAUCGUUGCCCUACUCAUGAACUCCAAGGCCGGUGAGGAUAUAUGCUAGACGAAUCGACUUCCUACAGUUGCAGCCUGCGACAAGAACCACACUGCAACAGAUGAGCAUUGGCAUGGAUUUGGCAUGGACACAAUACCUCGCAUGACAUUACUCGAACCUACAUGGGACUCAUGGAAGAGCAUGAGCGACAUGUUGUACGUCUACCUAUGUGUAUCUUUGACAGACGAACAUCGACGCGGGGGUAUGGAGAGAAGCGGGAGAGGUUGAGGAGCAGGGGUAUAUAAUGGAAUCGGUUGACGAGCAAUUG